AUGCGCAUCUUAAAUUUGGGCGAAGACGAACAACCACACGUCGAAAUCAACGCGGACAAGGAACCAAAGACUUUAGGACUCUUAUGGGAUGCAAACAAGGACAAUUUGCGGUAUUCGGUGACUAUUUUUAAGGACAAACGGAUCACCAAGAGAAGUAUACUCUCGGACAUAGCCAAAAUCUUUGACCCCCUAGGACUGAUAGCUCCUGCUAUAUUACAGGCGAAGUUGUCCAUGCAAAAAUUAUGGCAGCUACAAUUAGCAUGGGAUGAAUCGUUGCCCCAAGACAUUCAUUCCCAGUGGACAACGUACCGGACGGACUUGGACCAUAUCAACAGCAUCGUGGUACCUCGACACGCUUCUCUCCCUGACUGCCAGUCGACUCAAAUACAUGGGUUCUGCGAUGCCUCGGAAAGGGCAUACGGAGCCUGUGUAUAUUUACGGACUGUAGGUACACAAGGGACAUGCAAAGUGCAGCUGCUUUGUGCCAAGUCACGCGUGGCUCCAUUAAAAAGAAUUUCACUCCCACGACUUGAGCUGUGCGGAGCCUUAUUGCUUUCGCAAUUAAUUAGCAAGGUUAGAAGUGCAUUGAGCCAUGACUAUCAGGAAUUUUAUUGGACGGACUCGACGAUAGUCAUCGCGUGGCUCAAGGCUUCCCCGAGUCGAUGGAAGACGUUUGUGGCGAAUCGGACAACAGAAAUACAAAGGUUGACGAGCGAUACAUGGAACCACGUAACAUCAGAACAGAACCCAGCGGACAUCAUCUCUAGAGGACUCCGACCGUCAGAAUUAGCAAAUGCUGGACUCUGGUGGAAUGGACCCGAGUGGCUGGCGCAAAGUCCUGACUGUUGGCCAGCAAUGGAGGUAACCACUCAAGAUCCUCCGGAAGAACGAACAAUUAGCAGAUGUCUUGUAUCGACGCAAACCAGUGAAUGGGACAUAUUCACUAGGUUUUCGUCGUACAGCCGCCUGAUCCGCGUAACUGCCUAUUGUUCACGGUGGUUGCGAAGACAUCGAGAAAACCGAAUGACUCGGGAUAAUUCGGCACCAAUGGUUUCGGUCUCUACCUGCCUUUCGGUGCGCGAAAUUGCGGACGCCAGGACCGUACUUUUAAAAAUAGCACAACUCAGCCAUUUCAGUUCGGAAAUUCUGUUUUGCGCAGUAGCACAAUGUCGCACGCCAACUUAA